AUGAAUAUUUUUGAUACAAAAGCUAACUCUGAAGGAUUCUUCUCAAGAUAUGGAAGAUUGACAUCACAAAAGUUUUAUAUUUUAAGAAAACCUAAAGUGAUAAUAAAAUAAAAAAUGAAUUAGGAAGAAAAUUCAUUAUUUGUUGAAGAGUUUCCACAAGAAAGUCCUAAAAAUAAAUAAACUAUUGAUAAGAACCUAUUUCCAAUUUACCAAUUAAAGAAAACUAAUCUUAAAAAUUUGUCAAAAUCCUUUCAAUUUUAAACACCCUUAAGAUCUAGAUCUCUCUAAUUUGCAAAAAAGUAAUCCUUUUAGAAUUCAGAAACUCUAAGUUUUAGUAAGACUUCGAAAAAAUUCAGAGAAUCAUUUGAUUCAAAAAAAAAAAUUUUUAAUUACAGCAGAGUAUCAGAAGAACUCGAGCAAUUAUAAUAUUUUUGA